AUGCCCAUGUCCACGGAGCAGGUGCAAGAUGGAAUGGCCAGUCUCGUCAGGCUAAAACGCCUCGAGCCUACCCGCCAAACCUGCGUCUUCCACGUCGAGAACGUCCUUCCGAAACAUCUGAAGCGAGUACGCUCGUCCGGCCUAACGCUGCUGGCCGCAAACAAUGCCGCGACCUCGCGCCGGUUCGCCUCCAAUGGAGAUCGCUUCGAAGGGGAUGAGGAAGACAAGUCUGCGUCGGAGAGACUCUGGGGGCCUAAUGCCGUGAAACCAGAUUUUCGAAGUCGCAGCACCGACGAGCUGGAGGACUCCAUCUUCAACGCUGGCAUGACCGGCAGGCGUGCAAAGGCCGCGCUGGAGCCCGUCUUGAGAUGUACUGAGGUCGACGAGAAAGGUGAUGCCAUCCUCACGGAUGGAGCUUUCAAGAAGAGCGAGCUUAUUGCCAAGUACGGCCUCAUGCCCCGUGACCUUCGCAAGAUCGACUCUUCCAAUCUCCCUCACAUCCUCAUCCGCCCCUUUGCGAUCCUCCUCAAUCUCCUCCACUUGCGAGUGCUGAUCAAGCAUGACCGCGUACUCCUCUUCGAUGUGUAUGGCUCGUCCAGCUCGUCUGCGCAGUCCGAGUUCAUGUACGAGUUGCAGGGCAAACUGCGCCAAAAACAAACCCCGGGCACGAGCGGAGGGCUUCCCUAUGAGUUUCGGGCUCUCGAGGUGGUACUCAUGUCGGUGACGGCUGAGUUGUGGAAGGAAUUUGGCACCGUCCAGGAGCCCGUCAUGCACCUGCUGAGCGACCUUGAGGAUGACGUCGACCGCGAGAAGCUGCGGGUCUUACUGGUGCUCUCCAAGAAGGUCAGCACGUUUGAACAGAAGGCAAGGCUGGUGCGCGAUGCGAUCGACGAGCUGCUGGAGGCGGACGACGACCUUUCGGAGAUGUACCUGACAGAGAAGGCACGGGACAUCAGGCGCGAGCUGGACGACCACACCGAAAUCGAGAUGCUGCUGGAGUCCUACCACAAGAUCUGCGACGAAGUCGUCCAGGAGGCGGGCAACUUGGUGUCUGGCAUCCGGAACACGGAAGAAAUUAUCCGCGCUAUCCUGGACGCCAACCGCAACUCCCUUAUGCUUCUCGAGCUCAAGUUCAGCGUUUAUACCCUCGGUCUCGCCAUGGGAACGUUCUUAGCAGGCCUUUACGGCAUGAACCUGGAGAACUUUAUUGAGGAGACCAAUUUUGGUUUCGCGUCUGUGACCGUCGGCUCGGCCCUGGCCAGUAUUGUGGUGGCUUGGUGGGGAUUUACCAAGCUGCGCAAAGUGCAGCGUGUACGCAUGAGGGAGCCGACCACGCGCACUCGCAAGGUUAACGAUGGCAGGGAUGGGAAGGACGCGCUGGGCCCUUACGGUGUACGGGAGUGGUACCGCGAGGAGAGCCCCACGGCGUUGUUGGAGGCGAAACAUAGAGAGAGGCUCAAGAGGAUCGCGCAGUUGAAGGAGAGACGAACUGAGAUAACUGGAUUCAGGAAGUGGUUACAGCGGUUCCGUUGA